CCUCAUCUUGCUCUAGUGCACUGGCGCCGCCUCCGGUAUGUGCCGGAUCUGCGCAUCUUUCUUCUCCGUGAAAUGUAAGAGUUCUCCGCGCCCACCCCAGCUGGUGCGUUGGCCCUUUGGCCGAAGACUUUGAGACGGAAUGAAAUCCCAUGAGAAAGAGAAGAUCACUGUUCAUAAUCGGCAACGAGAGCUCAUUUUGAUUUUAUAAGGAUCCUGAUCCUGAACCUGAUCUACUUAGUUUCUGAUCAUUUCAUGAAUCCUGUGUGAUGCGGAUGAUCCCAGAGAGCGGUCAGAGAUCAUCUAUGGAUAACUGCAAACACGUACCAAUCCCUCUCAUAACCGCAGUUCAAUGACCAAGCCGAUCUUACUCUGCGUCAUGCACCCGUGCCUCCUACACCAGAUUCUUUACUUAGCGCGAUCGCGAACCCCAUGAUCAACAUUUCGAUCAUUUGUAUAUGUUCAGUACUAGUACAUUACCUAGGUAAUACAACCCCACCACAUUAAUUUCUCACGACUGACCCCUUCUGCAGGCGGCCGAGACACCUGUAUGCUACUUUCGACCUUCUGGUUGUGCUGCAUGCUUAGUUUUUAUACCCACUAGAAGACUCCAGCUCUAGAUGAUUUCUCCGAUUUUCAUUUAGAUUCGAGAACAUUGAUUCUAUCGCGACCUCAUUCAACACCCGUUUGUCUUUUCGAUUUGCAUCUUCCUCGUAAAGACAAUCAAACUUAAGAAAUGGCCGCCCCGACGGGAGUCCCGGAUUACCAGCAAGCUGGCAUUGCCAACCAUGCGCAGGAGAUGCCAGAGUGGGAACAGUACUUUAGAGAAGGCGUGCUUUCAGUGUGGAAGCAAUGGACUACGGUAAGACUGAUUAUCGACCAAGAAUGGGCAGGAACUUACUCACGCGACAAAGUAAAUCAGCUUUUGACGCUUGUGCUGGACACUAUGCUGGAUAGACGGCGAGCGCCAAUGACUUUGUUAGUAAUAGGCAAAGGCGACCUGCCGCAGAGCGACGACGUCGAUCGGCUUGGACAACUCAUACACGUCAAAAUGAACGAGUUCUGCAACGUCCAGCUCGAUGACAAUAGUACUAAAGAACGACACUGUAUCACACAGAAAUGUAGGAGAUUAGCUAUGAGACCACUUAGCACAUGAUUAAGCACACCUGUUUUAAUUAUCAAACAACCGAGGACAUGAUAAGAAUUUAUAUUGUUAUUGGUUCCACCCUGCCUCUGCAAUCUACAGGCGAGUUCGAGAUAGCGGAGAAGUGCAUUGAUAUGCUAGAUAGAUGCAGAGGACGAGAUUACAGUCUGGCGCAGAAGGAAAUAGCGGCUGCCAACCAAGCUGCCAGAGCACCAUUGGGGUCGUCUUGCCGAUUCCAGGACCAAACUUUGUAAUACCGGUCUUAUUGUGUCUCUUCUUCUCACUUGAAGGAUGGUACUUUGGUUGUUAUUGUUCUACGUCCACCACCAUCCGCUGGCCGCUCCUAUUCUAUGACUUCAUAAUUGUCAAUCUCCACUGGAAAAUUUAGGUUACACCUUAUAUCUUGAUGUACAACUACAACUCAGGUGGGAAGACGCGACUGGUAAUAUCGCUUUUGCGCCCGAGGCAGACACAGUCGUACAGCAGGCAGGCGGUUUCUGGGAAAAUGGAGAGCAGCAGGAUGACGGUGAUGCUAGUAGUGAUGACGACAUGGACGUGGAUACGGAACCAAAUCAUCAGAUUCAAUCCAAGAUUGCCGAGUCUCAUCAAAAAGUUUCUUCAGCGCCACUUCCGGUCAUUGACGAAGAUGGCUUUGAAAUGGUGCCCGGACGCAGAAAGAGAUGAGGCAAUCAUCCACACUCAUUCGUUAUGUUCUUCUCUAUGCGCGGCUUCUCCUGUUACAGGUACAGCCUGCGUGAUACUAUUGACAUUGAGGCUCGACAUCGUCUUGAUAAAGCACGACAACAUGUACCUGUAAUGAUCCGAAGAACGACACCUUUAUUACUUGCCUUGCACAGCGACAGAUCCUUUUAAACAAAAAAUAUGCGAGAAUAAAAGGCGCAAAAGAUGAAGCAGCGUAGAAGAAGCCACGAAGCACUCUUGUCCGACUUGUUCUCAGCCACGAAAGAUGUGUUUGGUGGCAUCUCCCUUAUAAGCAUGACAGAUGUCUUUGGUUGCUUAUCCUAAGCAGCAGAACAAAAUAGAAGGAAAGAUUAAGGCGUGCUGGAAUUCCGUACUUAGAUCAACUGCCAAAAAGGAUCUAGUUCAGAUUUCACCUCAGUUGCCUGAUCCUAUCGGUAUUUUCACGCAUGCCUUUACUAAGUCACCGACACGUUGUGUGUCUUUUCUAAGUAAGUAAGUUCUCAAACAACUUUGAACCAAUAUUUCUUCAAUGAAUAAAUUAUUUUCCUUUAAUAUGCAUUACAUUUAAUAUGUAUUACAUCGUCUUCUUUGAUUACCACUACGAAAUCAAGGCUCGGGAAAUAAAUAAAGUCGCUGUAGUAUCCAGCACAUAAUAAAGUGGACUGUUUUUAGAAAACAGAAACAAAAUGGGUGGUGGUUUGAAGUACACCUCGGCGUACCUCUUGUCUGCCAUGAAGCCGAUGAGGUCACGGCUUAUAGCAUCAAGGCCAUCCUCACAGCUGGUGGUCUCGACUUCGAGGAACACAUGAUCAGCCUGGUCUUGAAGAAGAU